CUAGUUUUAGGCCAAUGAACAAUACGAAUUGUUUUAUUGGUUGUGUUACACCACUGGGAUGUUGCUGAAUGUCUAUUGUAUACGAUUGAAGGGGGGCUACAUACAAAGCAGGACAGCUAAAAAGCUUCAGUGGUCCGGGGAGUCCGGAGAUAUCUAAACGAUUAAGAACCAUCACCGGAUUAAUAAACCAUGCGUGCCACAUGAUUGCGUCAGUAUUAUGUUGUCUUCACCCACAGACGUGGCGAGGAGCAGCAGCAACAAAGGCAACGGCUUGUCACAUGUGAAUCUUUGUGAGAACGUACAUUGUACAGCUGCAUAUUAUUCCGACAAUUGGAGAGAAUAACAAAAACUGAAGACACUACUAACGUCUUUCACCGGGCCGAGAUUGGUGUAGUGUAGGACUUCCUAUUCCCUUUCUCUCUGAAAGAAAGAGAUAAACCACACUCAGUGCACUUCUCGAUAAGUAACAAACGCUAUACCAUUGUGAGGAGCAACACGUCGCUCGCACUCUUUACGCCCGCUGCUCGUCAUGUCGCCACUAUUCCCUACCUCGACACCAACUGCAACUCACGAUCACAUCCAUAAUUUCAACAAGUAGAGCUAGUGUAUGCUUGGUGACUUGUCACUAGUUUGCGUCGUCGAGCGCCAGUUGUUUAACAAACCAUCCUUGGAGCCUCAAGAUGCUAUUAUCCUUGUCCUUCUUAGCCUUCGUAUCGUUCUGGUCACUACCAUCCUUGCUGCCAUUUUCGAAAUUACUUUUAUUGAACUAUUAUUCCUUGCCAAUGCCCGUGUUACUCUCGUCGUCACUGCUGCCGUCCUUCUGCAUAAUUGCUAAAGAAAGCAUUGUGAAAAGCCUUCGAUUAUAUUGUGCGCCAAUGUAGCUUCAUUGUACAAGCUCGUUUAUUAUUUCAUUGCCAAGAGCCACAAAACAGACAAAAUUCGAACAAAACCAAAAAAGGGCAGAGGUCGGUAUAUCUAUGUCUGCAAAUUUGGCUCUCUUGUAACCGACGAUAAUUUUUGUGCCUUUACCUUAUUGAAUUGUGUCAAAUAUUCAGUUAACCCUACCAGAUUCGAUACCAAAAUUAAUACCAAUACUCUUACCAAAGCAAUAAUAUUCACUCAGAGGUCCUGUUAGAAGAUGCAGCAGCCGAGCAGUAAUUAAAAUUUGCCAAUUUGGGAAUGAUCAAAGAGUUAAAGAGAGAGGCAAACUGUACGGAGCUUUUGCCCCCUUUAUUAACAUAGACAGGGGCAGAAUAAAACGGAGGACUAGGGGUCCUCGUAAUAUAUUCAACCACCAGAGCACAAUGUCGCAGUUGAACAUAAGCUCUGGGAAACGAGGACGAGGAGUCCCUGGCACCUCCACGGCUGCUGCCUCUGCUCUGAGCAGCUCCGCUGACCUUGCCAGUCUCUUCGAAUGUCCCGUGUGCUUCGAUUACGUCCUUCCUCCUAUACUACAGUGUCAGAGUGGGCAUCUAGUCUGCAGCAACUGCCGACCUAAGCUCAACUGUUGCCCUACGUGUCGAGGACCCUUGGGUAACAUCAGGAAUUUGGCGAUGGAAAAAGUGGCCAGCAAUGUAAUGUUUCCUUGCAAGUAUUCGACCAGUGGCUGCACCGUAUCUCUGGUUCACACAGAAAAAGCAGAUCACGAGGAUGCCUGUGAGUUUCGACCUUACAGUUGUCCCUGUCCAGGAGCCUCCUGUAAAUGGCAGGGAUCUCUUGAACAAGUAAUGCCUCACCUUGUCAUGAGUCAUAAGAGUAUUACGACUCUUCAAGGAGAGGAUAUUGUAUUUUUGGCCACGGACAUCAAUCUCUCAGGAGCUGUAGACUGGGUAAUGAUGCAGUCGUGUUUCGGGCACCACUUUAUGCUCGUUCUGGAAAAGCAAGAGAAAUACGACGGACAUCAGCAGUUUUUCGCCAUUGUUCAGCUAAUUGGUUCAAGGAAACAGGCAGAAAAUUUCGCAUACAGAUUGGAAUUGAACGGUCACCGGCGGCGCCUCACAUGGGAAGCGAUGCCAAGAUCAAUUCACGAAGGGGUCUCGUCAGCUAUUCUUAAUUCCGAUUGCUUGGUAUUCGAUACGUCGAUGGCACAGUUAUUCGCCGACAACGGGAAUCUCGGGAUCAACGUUACUAUUUCUAUGGCUUGAACUGACGGAACUAACGUUCGAACUAAUCAACGAAUAAGCGAAGAUCGACUCUGAUGACGUGAGAGAAUCAGUCCUGCGAUGCACUUGUCCAGAGUUCGGCGGAAUCGGUCGUUAAAAUGAAUGUUGAAACGACUGAGUUUGAAAUGAGAUCAUUCCUGUCGUUCAUCGGCCUUUGAUUUGUGGUGACGAUCAAAGCUGUAAUAAGCUGAUUGUCAUUUGCCCAGAUUUUACUAUUAGCAUUUCUCACUGGGCCAAGACUAUUGUAGUGUCAAAUUGUCUGUCCUUCUCUUUCUUUCGAGAAAGAGAGAGAUGAACCACACUCAGUGCGUGCUUUUUGACAAGUAAAAAUUUUACGGUGAAAAUUUUGAUUAAAUAUCGACUUAACAUUUUUCAUGUACUGCGAGGGAUUUUUUCUUUUUGAGCUGGCCACCCGUUUCGGUUCUAGAUCACAAACCGUCGACACUCUCAAAUAUUCGCAAACGGGUGCUCAAAUCCGUGUACGGCGCUAGUCCUUUUUUCAUUCAUUUAUUUCAUACAAUAGUUCACCACAAUGGUGGGAUUAUUUGAGUCGUGUCGCAACCGUUACCUAAUGACUGGAAAAUUAAUAUCAAAUCUGAAAAAGCUUCAGAAUGAUUGUGACUUGUAUUAUAGUAAUUCGAACUUGAUCCGGAAGAGAUAACUUACGUAUUGAUACGGAUAGGAUACAUACUUAAAUAUAAAUACAUGGCACGAGUAUACAUGUAUUGUAGGUUUAGCCGUGCAUAGGUAUAAGUAGCACUAACAGAAUCCUGUCGAACGGUUAUUCGACAAUUAAUAAUAUACAGUUGAAGAUUCGUAAGGCUUUAGAACCAACAACUGUGAGUGUCAUUCGUGUAAUCAUGUGAGAAUUUUAACUGCGUUCUUAUCUUUAGAUUACCAGUUUAUUUUAUCUUCGGGGUUUUGGUUUUUCUCAGUAUAUGAUUUUGACCCUGUCGUCUCUAUUUCCAUUUCCAUUUAUAUAAAAUUAUUUGACCAGCGUUUUACUACGAUGGCUUUCAUCAGACCGUUCUAUUCGUCACUUUCGUCAAAACAUACCGCGAAUCUCUUGACCUCUGACCCCUGGAUUGGAUUCAAACUCUCACCAUUAUACAUUUGUUCGUGAUGAUUGGAUCUUGAGUGACUGAAACAUUAUACAAGUUAGGCAAAUGACGGAUAAGUUUUUGUUUAGUUUUUAAAACUUAAUGUUAUUACCAGGAAUUGGAAUGAUUUAGUAAUUUUAAGAUGAUCUAUGUAUUAUGAUCAUUCAUUCCGUCUCUCAAAGACAUUGUUCAAGAUUCAAGGUAGCGCUGGAGGGCAAGUACCCGCGUUUUCAGAACCUUUUACCCGAAUAUCCCUUGAUGCAUAGUCUGUAUGUGGUGUUCUUGUGGGGGAGGGGGGGUGAUCUCGAAGUCGGGACUCAGAUACACGCUGUAUUCAAAAAGAAGUUUGCAAACUAUAAAAUUAUAAUUUUUAUAUUUCCAAUUGCCACUGA